AUGGUGGGCCACCUCUGUAAUUACAACUACCGAAAUACCCAGCUGUACUCCGUACAACUAAUUGCGGAACAGUAUCGGCACUAUUGGGGCGACAAGGUCAGGGACCGAGGGACCCAGAGACCCAGGGACCCCAGAGGCAAGCCCACCGUCUCCAAGGCAUUGACAGCGCCUGAUGUCUUCGUCGUCGUCGUCGCCGUCGCAUCGCAUCGCAUCGCACAUGCACAUGCACCCGAGGCCGAGAGCGAGAUACAGCGCACCGCUAUAGUACAACAGCUGAAAGCCUCCCCCUCCGUCCGGCCGGUCGGCCAUCCUGUCUUGUCCUACUCUGCCCAGCGCAAAGGCGACACGAAAGGCUCAAGAAGUCAAGGCCAGCCAGCCAGCCAGCCAGUUUCUUGGCCGCUGCGCCUCUUUUACCGCGAGAUCUUACUGUACUCCCUCCGCCGACGGCAGCCAAACUAUCGCAUCCCCCUCACGAUCGAAAUCAUGAGCGAUAAGGACGUCGAGAAGGGAACGGAGGGCGGGCUAACCAGGUAUGAGUCGCGCAGCGCUGCGGCCCCGAGCUACCGGAGUGCAGGCGGUCAAGAGCCAAGUUACAACCAUUACGAGGAAAGGACCGCGUUCCAGCAGCCGUAUUACAAAAGGGUGCUGGAGAGCUUCAAGCGGGAUCCGGCGCUGAACAUCACGCCGAAUGGGGUCAUUGGAGCCAACGGUCAUGUCUUCCACUCGGAACUCGCCGCUCAGAACACCGCGAACUCGCCGCUCGCCAGAAAGUUGAAAGGGAGGCAUCUGCAAAUGAUUGCCAUUGGCGGCUCGAUUGGAACGGGACUUUUCGUAGCAUCCGGAAAGGCUCUCGGAGCUGGCGGUCCGGCUUCGCUACUCAUCAGCUUCUCCCUCAUCGGUAUCAUGCUUUACUGCACGAUGCAUGCCUUGGGAGAAAUGGCUGUGCUGUUCCCAGUCGCAGGAUCCUUCUCGGCCUAUUCCACGAGGUUUUUGGAUCCGGCGUGGGGUUUUGCAAUGGGCUGGAAUUACUGCAUGCAGUGGUUGACUGUUCUGCCCCUUGAGAUCAUCGCUGCAUCGAUGACCAUCAAAUUCUGGGAGGAGAGUCCGAAUUUUAAACACGCAACUUACGUCGCUAUUUUUCUGGUACUCGUCGUCGGCAUUAACAUGUUUGGCGUGAAAGGAUUUGGCGAAGCGGAGUUCGUGUUCUCGUUUAUUAAGAUCGUUUCUAUCAUAGGAUAUAUGUCCGUAGUACUCUAUACACAUUUGACCUCGUCUCUGACACUCAGCAGUAUCCUCGGUAUCAUCUUGAAUUGUGGAGGUGGCCCAGACACCGGAUAUAUCGGAGCGCGAUACUGGCGAAAUCCUGGCUCAUUCCACGACGGAUUCAGAGGACUGUGUAGCGUGUUUGUGACCGCUGCCUUUGCCUUUGGAGGAACCGAAUUAGUUGGUCUUGCUGCUGCGGAAACCGCCAAUCCUCGGAAGUCGCUACCAACGGCGAUCAAACAGGUCUUUUGGCGCAUUUCGAUAUUCUACAUCGCCUCGUUAACAAUCAUUGGCCUCCUCGUUCCCUACAACGAUCCGCGCUUGGUCGGGGGAGGCCACUCCGAUGCAGCCGCAUCACCCUUCGUCAUAUCUAUAAAUAACGCAGGUAUCGAGGUCUUACCCUCAGUAAUGAACGUGGUUAUUUUAAUCGCAGUUCUUUCCGUUGGAAAUUCUGCAAUUUUUGGGUCUUCCCGAACGCUGGCCAGUCUCGCGGAGCAAGGCCAAGCACCUCGGAUUUUUAGCUAUAUCGACCGCAAGGGUCGUCCUCUGGUAGCAAUCUGCUUCGCGUCGUUCCUCGGGCUGCUUGCGUUUGUUGCCGACUCGGGCCAGCAGGACAUAGUGCUCGACUGGCUCCUCGCUACCUCGGGGCUCUCGUCAAUCCUCACCUGGGGCUCAAUAUGCCUCUCGCACAUACGCUUCCGGCACGCGUGGAAGGUUCAGGGCCACACUCUGGACGAGCUUGCUUUCCGCUCGCAAUCGGGCCUUAUCGGCUCCUGGAUCGGCUUCAUCUUCAACUGCCUUGUCCUCAUAACCCAAUUCUGGACCGGCGCCUGGCCCGUCGGCUACGUGAACCUGACCAUGUCCGAGCAGCUGCAACAUUUCUUUCGGGCGUACCUCGCGGCCCCGAUCGUGGUGCUGUUCUACCUGGGAUACAAGUACUGGUUCAAGACGCCCUUCAUGCGGGCCAAGGACAUGGAUUUGAAGACGGGGAGGCGGGAUCUGAACUUGCCGGAGCUGAUUGCGGAGGAGAAGGCGGAGAGGCAGUCGUGGCCGCAGUGGAAGCGGGCGUAUAAGAGCCUCUGCUGA